UCAAAAAAGUGCACCAGAUGAAGAAGAUGCAUCAUGGCGGGCUGCACGAAAUUGUUUGCUGUCGAAGUCGACAGACUAAUAGUUUUAUUUGGGUUAUUUUUCCUUCUGCAUACAUCUAUAACAGCAGGUGUUCAAAUAAUCGAUUUGAAAGACAGCCAAGAGUUGAAGACACGUGAACCACAACACUUUUGCUACCAUAAUCCUGUUAUGCCUGGAUGGAGAGAGACUUGGACUAGAAUUCAGGUGCAAGUCUGGAGCUCUAAAGAGCUGAAGGUGACUGUAGUUAAUGAUGAGCAGGAGCUGCAGGAGCUGGAACACUUCAGCAUAUGGACCCUUAUGCAGUACUUCCUACAGGAGAAGACUAAUGAAACCUUUGUCAACAUCAACCUUUUUUCACCCAAAACAUGUUUCAGAGUUGACCCUUCCAACACACAAACAUUGUACACUGUGAAACCUCUCCGAAAAUUUGACAUCUGCCUGUUCAUAGUCUUUCUUGUUGGGGUUCUGCUGUUUUUCUUUGCCGACAUUCUGAGCAGGAGUCAGAUGUUCUAUUACUCUGCGGGUAUGAGCACAGGAAUGAUUGCCUCUCUCCUCAUCCUCAUCUUCAUCAUAGCCCGCUUUUUGCCUAAGAAAAGUCCAUUCUACGUGUUGUUAGUAGGAGGGUGGUCUUUCUCACUGUACAUCAUUCAGCUAGUUGGCAGAAACCUGCAGCUCAUCCUGAAAGAACACUGGCCCCUAGCCAUUGGUUACACAGCUGUGGUGGGCUUCAUCAGUUUUGCUGUGUGUUACCGCCAUGGCCCUUUAGUGAACCAACGUAGUAUCAACAUCCUGUCCUGGACGCUGCAGUUGUUUGGCCUUCUACUGAUCUAUGCUGGCAUCCAGGUGCAGCAGGUGGCCCUGGCCAUCAUGGUGGCAGCCUUCUGUGCCAAGAACCUAGAGUAUCCCAUCAACCUCGCCUUCACUAUUUGCCAUAAGCUGAGCCGGAGAAUACACUGGAAGCUGGAGCCGCGGCGGCUGCUUACUGAGGAGGAGUAUCAGAAACAAGCAGAGGUAGAGACGAGUCGUGCCCUAGAUGAGCUGCGCAACUACUGCAACAGUCCUGAAUUCAACACCUGGAAGACUGUCUCCAGACUGCAAUCACCCAAGAGAUUUGCUGAUUUUGUAGAGGGAUCCCCACAUUUGUUGUCCAAUGAGGUUUCAGUCCAUGCACAUGAAUAUGGAUUUGAAGGCUCUUUCCUGGAGGAUGAGCUGUUUGCCACAGAUGAAGAUGAUGAUGAUGAUGAUGAUGAUGAGGUUGAGGGAGAAUGGAAGAGAGAUGUUAAAGACACUCGAUUAUUUGAUACACACAAUAAGUUUCACUGACUCAAGGGAAGUUGAGGUGAGAAUGUCUGUUUGUGUUGUGCGUGUGUGGUUAUGUGUGUCUGAGAGGGAGAUGAGAGACUGAAUGUUGAGUUCAUAAAACAUAUUUUGCUGCCUGUGGUAUGAUGGAUGGACAGAGGAGUAACUGAUUUUUGUGUGUGUGUAACUGCUCCUAAUAUUGUUUUCUGUACAGUUUUCUUUUGUUAUGUAUGUUGUCAGCCAACGCAAUUGUAAUGAUAGAAUAAAGGCAGAUUUGUGAGGUUUU